UGCGCUUCUGCCGCUGCCUGUUGAGUCUACAGCUGCGAGGCCGCUGCCAUGGGACUGGGCUCUGUAGCGGUGGGGGAUGCCUUGCGAGGUGCAGCCCGGGGGUCCGGCGUGCGGGUGAGGUUCGCGCCCAGCCCCACAGGGUUCCUGCACCUAGGUGGCCUGCGGACUGCUUUGUACAACUACAUUUUUGCCAAGAAACACCAAGGGAGCUUCAUCCUCAGACUGGAGGACACAGACCAAAGCCGGGUGGUGCCCGGGGCUGCUGAAGGCAUAGAAGAUAUGCUGGAAUGGGCAGGCAUCCCACCCGAGGAGAGCCCUCGCAGGGGCGGCCCGGCGGCCCCCUACCACCAAUCCCAGAGACUCAGCCUAUACAGGGAAGCCGCAGAGCUGCUUCUGGAGAAGGGGGCUGCCUACCGCUGCUUUUGCACCCCCCAGCGCCUGGAGCUGCUAAAGAAAGAGGCGCUGAGGAACCGGCAGACGCCGCGGUAUGACAACAGGUGCCGCCACCUGAGCCCCAAGCAGGUGGCUGAGAAGGUGUCUCAGGGUGCUGACUCCGUCAUGCGCUUCCGCCUGGAGGAGAACUCAGAGCCCUUCUGCGACCUGAUCCACGGCUGGAGCAAGCACGUUGUCGCCAGCGUCGAAGGGGAUCCGGUGAUCCUGAAGAGCGAUGGCUUCCCCACCUACCACCUGGCCAACGUGGUGGAUGACCACGCCAUGGGGAUCAGCCAUGUCCUGCGGGGGGCAGAGUGGCUCAUCUCCACCUCCAAGCACCUCCUCCUCUACGGGGCCUUUGGCUGGGACCCGCCUCAAUUUGGCCACCUCCCGCUGCUCCUGAACAAAGACGGCAGCAAGCUUUCCAAGAGGCAGGGGGACAUUUUUGUGGAGCAGCUUGCGCAGGAUGGCUGGUUGCCCGAAGCCCUGCUGGACAUCAUGACAAAUUGUGGCUCUGGAUUUACAGAUAACCGGAUGGGUAGGACGUUGAAGGAGCUGAUUGAGGAAUUCAACAUGAGCAAGAUUGAAAGGCACUCGGCCCUGCUGGAUCUUGAGAAGCUGUCCGAGUUCAACAGGAUCCACCUGACCCGUCGGAUUGAAGAUGACCUGCAACGGCAAGAGCUGGUGGCAGAGGUGCAGGCCUCUGUGGAGGAGACCUACGGGAGCCAGGUGGUAGACCGGGAGGUCCUUGAGAAGGGCUAUGUGGAGCAGGUGCUGCUGCUUAGAAGGGGCCACAUAAGCCGCCUCAAGGACUUGGUGUCACCCAAAUAUGCUUUCUUGUGGAUCCGGCCCUCCGUGCCUCACGAGGAGCUGCAAACCAUUUCAGCAGAGGCAGACAAAAUAGGAAGGCUGGUUGUCAGGUUGCUGGAACAGCCGGUUUGUGCUCUGACCCCAGAGGAGCUCGGCAAAGACCUGAGGCGGCUGCAGGAGCAGAUAAGUGGGACCCAGUACAGUGGCAUGAUGAGACUUCUCCGCUUGGCCCUCAGUGGCCAGAAGGAAGGACCCAGCGUUGCCGAGAUGAUGGUCUCCUUGGGGCCCAGAGAGGCCAGCGCACGGAUCCAGAGAGCCCUUUGCAGCUGACCUGUUGAAGCAAAACAGCCAACUGAACUUUUAGUAGAGCUUGCAUGUCAAGCCUUCCAUGAAGCUUAAACACCUUCCUGUGGACCGCAGAGCAUCUCACAGCCACGGACUUGACCACUUCUCUCUCUCUCUCUGUAUAUAUAUAUAUAUAUAUAUCUUUAAAAGUGCUCUGGGGUUGGCAGCCUGGCAUUGGCACUGAGACCCUAAGGGGAUUUCCGGUUCUAGUU